AUGCGUCCCCAUUUGAUGUUAAGCCUGACCACUCUGGCUAGUACAACAUUUGCCCAAUCAGCAACCCUACUAUACAACUUCACCAGCUCAACCGCCAUCGAAAACAGCGCCCUCCGCCCAAAUGGCCACCUCCUCCUAACAACAUUCAACAAGGGCCGUCUAUAUACACUCAACCCAUCCACCCCAAACCCACAGGCCGAGCUAGUCACCGCGCUCCCAGGAGCCACCGCAAUCUGCGGCAUCACAGCCAUAGACACAGACAAGUUCGCCAUUGUGGGCGGAGUCCGCGGUUCCUACCACUACGACAAUGAAACCCUAUACACAGUCGACUUCAGCAAAAAUGCCGCAAAUCCAAUUGUCAACAUCGUGGCUCAUAUUCCCGAUGCCGACAUGCUGAACGGCAUGGCUUCUCUUCCUUUACAGCCACAUAUUGUCCUAAUCGCCGACUCACGACUUGGAUCUCUUUUCCGCGUUGAUACACUUACCGGUAUAUCGAAGAAUGUAUUCACGAACCUCGCGCUCGCCGCCUCGACAAAUGCAUCAAUACCCAUCGGAAUAAACGGACUAAAGAUCAUCGGUGAUAACGUCUAUUUCACAAACAGUGCACUGAACAUCUUCGGCAAAAUCCCGGUCAGCGAUGAUGGCAAGAGAUUCGGUCGGGUGGAGAUUAUUGCGCGGCUGAGUGCUGAUACUAGUGGUUCUGACUGGGAUGAUUUUAUCAUUGAUGCUAGUGGUACUGCGUAUAUUGCGCAGCCGGAGAAUGCUCUUGCUAGGGUUACCCCGGAUGGGGUUUAUAGUGUUGUUGCUGGUGGCUCGGAUACUUUGGAUCUUAUUGGACCUACUUCUGUACAGCUUGCUCCGGGUGGGAAGGUGGCUUAUGUUACUACUCGUGGUGGUGAGAUAGGGGGUUAUACUUAUGGUGGACAGGUUGUUGCUGUUAAGCUCGGUUAA